UGCCAGGGACUUCCUUCCCAGCUCGCCACGGGGCACAACGUGCAGCCAGCCGCUGCCUACCCUUCCUUACAGCCCUUCUCCUGCUCAGCGCAGCUUCCCGCCCAAGCUGUGGCGGAAGGGGCUCUCGCAAGGCAUUCUGGGAAUGGUAGUUCGAAGCCUCAGAAUGGGCGCGUUCACCCCGGUGCUGCUGUUGCGGGAGCAGACGCCAUCUUGGGAGUGAAGAGCUGAACGGGCGCCCCUCCCCCCCACUGCCAGGGACUGCGCUGCUGCGAGCCGACGGCCGGGCCGCGAAAAGCUGUUGGUGUCUCUGCCCAGAGAUGCUUCAUGCUGAAUGUAAAGUAAGGCCUUUGGAAUGUCAAGAUGAAAUGGCAGUUCAACCAUGUUAUAAAAAAAUGAAAUCAGCAGGAGAAGCUCAUGAUAAAUCCUGUGCUGGUAGUUUCCAGGAAUCUCAUGUGAAAACAGACACUGAGAAAACAAACAAUCAACAGACACCUUUAUGCAUCUCUGAUGACCAAGGAAAACAGGAAUUGGAGCAGAAAGAGAAUGAAAGUACAGAUAUCUUGGAAACAUCCAGUGAAGAACAUGCUGGUAAUAGGCCAGGGAUUUUUGAGUCUACUCAUUCAAAGAUCAUUCAGAGUGUAAAUCUUCCCGUAAAAGACAGUGAGAUUACAGAAAAUAUAUGCCCUUUCAUUUCUGAAAAAAUUGAUGAAGCUAAUAAAGAAACUAGCAAUAAAUCAUUCACAAUAAAUGGAGGUGAGGUGGAGAAUGAAGAAUAUAGUACAAGCAAAACAUUUAUUGGUCCCAUUUAUAGACCAAUGGAGGAGAACAAACAGAAUGAAACUAUGAAUUUCACUAAAUUUAGUACAAUCAGAGAGAAACAAAAGGCUGUACUUGACAGCAGAAUUAACAAAAAGAAAGCAAAGAAAAUACAGACACUCUCUUGUGAUAUAUCAGAAAUAGAUGAUGAAUUGUGCCAAUUUUAUAAAGAAAUUCAACAGCUUGAAAGCGAUAAAGAUGAGUUAGAAGGUAACUCACAGGACAAAGAAACUGAUUCGUCUCAGGAACAAUUUAUAUCAUGUAAUAGAUACAGUCAGACAUCUCAUGAGGAUGAACAAGAUACCUGGUACAGUAGAACACAAUUAUAUUCUGAUACUGGACAAUGUUUCUAUAAUGUAUCAAGUGGCCAGAAAACAGACAGGGAAUCCAAAUGUUUUGACGAUGAAACAAAUGGCCAGAGAACUGAGAAUCAUUUUAAUUGGCAAGAAGAUUCUAAAUUUUGGAACCAGUCGGUUCCUCAAUUUAGGCCUGAAUGGCAGCCAACACAAUCUUUCAUAAUACCUCAGGGUCCUCUUCCUCCCAGGUUCCACCUUCAUUUAGAUGUUCAAACUCUUAAUUCCCCAUCACAUCAGCCAAAUACUCUCCAUCCUCAGAACGAUGAAUCUCUUCACAAGAAUUAUGCAGGUUACCAUGGAAAUAGUGGCAGUACUAAUAGGAGCUGUCCAUCGUUGGAACAAAAUAAUAGUUCUGCUGCUCAUAUUGGCAUCCAUAGUGUGCAAGUCUCUAGAAAUGGAUAUAGCAAUGAAGAUGGAUGCAUGAAUAAUGGUUUCUGUGAAACCGGAAAAGAAUGUUGGAAAAAUCCUAGAAGUUACCAGAUAGAGGGAGGACAUCAUUUUUAUUUACAGCAAUUUUCAGAAGAUAAGUUAUGUAGGUCACAGAAAUUACUUCUGAUUUUAAGAGGUUUGCCUGGCUCAGGGAAAACAACAUUGUCUCGUAUUUUACUUGGUCAAAAUCAUGAUGGCGUGGUGUUCAGCACUGAUGAUUAUUUUCGACAGCAAGAUGGAUAUACAUACAAUGUUGCUCAGCUUGGUGAUGCUCAUGACUGGAACCAGAAGAGAGCAAAGCAAGCAAUGGACCAGGGAAGAACUCCAGUUAUAAUAGACAACACUAAUACUCAAGCCUGGGAAAUGAAGCCAUAUGUGGAAAUGGCACUAGGGAAAGGCUACAGAGUGGAAUUUCAUGAGCCAGACACAUGGUGGAAGUUUGAUCCUGCGGAGUUAGAAAAGAGGAAUAAACAUGGGGUCCCUCGUGAGAAGAUUGCUCAGAUGUUGGAACGAUAUGAAUAUCAAAUGUCCAUCUCUGUUGUAAUGAAUUCAGUGGAACCUCCUCACAAAAACAUGCAAAGGCCACCUCCACAGCGAAGACAGAGUUGUCCAAUGGGAACAGACAUUAAGAAGAAACCUGGGCACAGACUGAGCAAAGCUAAACAGAAGAAAAAGCGAAAAAGAAACAGAAAAAUGAAGCACGAUCAUGUUAAAAUCACACAGAAAAAAUCAGAUAGAGCCCCUUGUCAUCUAAUUGCAGAUGAUCAGGAAACAUCAGAGAGUGAAGAGGAAGAUUCAGAAGAAGAAAGCAGAACAUCAGUAUUUACAUUUAAUGGAGAUGUGGGAGAUCUGGUGAAAGGUUGUGAUGAUUAUUCCAAUGGUGACACUAAUGAAAGCCUAAAGUCUACAAAGCAUCAAACAGAAAGUUUACCUAUUACUGUGUCUUUGACGACAGUGGCAUUAGCUAGUCCAAUGAAAAGUGACUUGCUUGCAGAAGAUGGUGGUCCAUUUCUAAUAAAUAUGACAUCUGCUCCUAAUAAAAACUUAAUUAAACACACACUUGAUAAUCAGGUGGGUGAUCAUAACCAAAAUAAAAACCUUAUGGAAAAUGAGAGCAAUUCCGUAGAUACAAAUGUUGAUUUUUCUGUUGUAAAGACAGAAUGCAACGGUAUAGAAAAUAGUGGUGUGAUGUUAAACAAUCAGAAUGAACUUACAGCUGAUCAAAUUACAUGCGAACCUGUCCUAGAGAAUAAAUUGUUAAAUGUAAGUAAUAGAAAAAAAGAAACCCUGGCUCUCCAGCAUGAUUUUAAAACAUCUGAAAAUUGUGUUGUCGUCACUGAUAAAACCAAAGAAGAAACACUGACAUCAAAAAUGAAUGAGAAAAAUCCUUGGGCCUUUUUUUCAAUUGAUUUAACUGAUAUACAACUGCAGCUUGGCUCUGAUAGGCUUGGUUCUUGUUCUUGGCCUGAGGGUGCCCAUAAGUUCAUAUGUGAGCAAAGACCAAAAAGAGUGAGGAGGCCCAAACAGACUUAUCCUGACAGCACAAUAGAACAAAUUCAUGAAUCUAAUGAAGAAUUAGAAAAAGAACCCAAUCUACAAACAUUAAAUGAAGAGAGUGGCAGUGUAACACAUGGUGAUCUACAGUCGUUAUUGAUUGACAAAGGACAUAAUAUUUCAUUUAUAGAGUCAGGUGUUACUGUCUCAAACUGCUUAACUGAAGUAAAUGUUCCAAACAAUGUAGAUACAUCAGUUCCAUCAAAGAAAAAAGGAAGAUGCAAAAGGAUUUUCAACUUGGCACCAAACUUUCAUAUACCAAGGCAGAUUGCAAUUAGUACAAAGGAGAAAAGGAAGGAUGUUCUAUUAAUGGACAAUCACCUAUCAGAAAAUGUUUUUGAAACAGAACAAGAGAGAAUUUCAAAUAAUGAUAAUAGAAAGAAGAAUGAGCAAAACCUUGAAUUUCAAGAACAUUGGGCACCUUGUAAUAAUGGUAUGACAGAUUCUUCUUUGUGUCUUUCAAAGAAAGCUGUUUCUUCUCCAGCUCAGAAGUUUCCCUCUAAUUUUUGUAAAGUUUCUUCAACAAGUAAGGAACAAAUUAUAACUUCUAAACAAGAAAAAAUACAUGAUAAAAAAAAGGGUGAGAGAGAACAGUUCUCUUCAGACCUUGCAAAUAGUCAACCAGAUAUUUUGUGUUCUGUUAAAGUAACAUCUGAAUGUCCUACAGACUUUAAUGAAUUUGAAAGCUAUGGUGAAAAUAUGCACAAAGCAGAUGAAAGUGAGUCAUCACAAUCCUCACAAAUUGAAGACAAUGAAGAUCCUUUAAAUACUAAAUCCAAUUUUCUGGGUCUUCCCUUAUCAUUGGGAUUUGCAUUUCAACUUGUAGAGCUUUUUGGCUCUCCUGGAUUUCCACUGGAGUCUUUAUUGCCAAAUGAUUUCAUAGUUCCUCUUGAUUGGAAAACAUCAAAGAAGAUCCAUUUAUUGUGGAAGACAUCUGUGGAGAUUGAGCCCAUAACUGGAAGAGAUGGAAGAGGCAGUGUGAAGAGAUGGCAUCCUGGGAUUCUGGGAAGCAGGGAGUUUGGUUCAUGGAGCGCUGGGAGCCAGAGUCACAGGAGAACCUGCCAUCCCAUGUCUCACCCCUCCCUUCCCACAGGGUCACUACUGGAGAGACUGGAGGAGGCUGUGAAUUUGUGUUAGCAUCUAUGCCCAUUCUGCACACACAUCUCCCCCUUCUCCCUGUCAUUCUGCUUAGUUCAUGUGUUGAAAGAAUAUUUUUUGUUGGUAUAUCCAUAUUUUAUGUAAAUUAAUAUAAACAGCAAAGGGAGAGGCAUUAUACAGAUCCUGUCCUACAUGCACUGUGUACAGGAGAGAUCUAAUGUAUAACAGGGUUGAGGGUAUGUAUAGAUGGAGAAAGCAGCAGAAAAACAAAUGAACCAGUCAACAAAAAUAAAACCUCUCUCUAUUGUUCAGAGUUGUUUUUACCCCUCAGAUAUUGUCCUCCACUUUCAUUUUCCUCCUGUUCUACCACUGUGCACCAGACUUCACCCCUGGGUAUUUGCAGUUCCUUACCCAUCACUUCUAGUGUAAAUGUUCACAGUAUGUGCUGAAUGGCUUCCUGGGACUUAGCUUACUUUGGUCAGAAACUUUGCGGGUGCUUUGGUCUGCAGCAUCGGUGCCACAGGUGUUUCCCGCACUGAAGCUCACUCUAUCAGGUUGAGCUUUAGCCUGCACCCCCAAGUUGGCAGCCAGCCUUCGGAGAAGGUCCUGGUGAGUCCUGGUGUCCACAGUGUGCAGAGUGGGAGUGGGGUCUGCCAGGCCUGGUACCUUACUUUGGACCAGUGGGUUCUGCACUUGGUAGAAGGUGGAUAUGCCAUCCCUUUCCUUUCACUGCCCCACUCCCCUUCCCUGUCCCUCUUCAGGGACCCCUCUCAUGAGCAUCUGUUAAGGCAAAAAGUGUCUUUGCUACUGCAGUGGGGAGCAGUCGAACCUUUUCCAGAGGAGUUAAAGGAGAAAGGGUUCUUUUCUCGGCAUUUCCUAAUCCCAAAGUCCAAAUGAGGACUAAAUCCCAUCUUGAACUUAACAGACCUGAAUUCAUUCAUAAAGAAGGUAAAGUUCAGGAUGGUUACCCUAGCAUCCAUUAUCUCUUCUAUACAAAAGAAGACUGCUAUGCUGCCCUCAAUCUGAAGGACACGUAUGUCUACAUCUCAGUGAUACCAGCACACAGGAGGUUCCUGAGGUUCACAUUAGUACAGUUAGUGGUCCUACUGUUUGGUCUCUUGAUGGUACUAAAAGUUUUCAACAAAUGUAUGGCAGCACUGGCAGCCUUUUUAAGGAGACACAAGGUUCAGGUAUUCCCCUGCCUGGAUGAUUGGUUGAUAAGGGGCUUGUCCAGGGAGCAAGUAUACAUAGCCUUAACCAGGGCUUUGUUUCGCAGGCUGGACCUCCUCAUAAACGAGGAGAAAUCCACACUCAACCCCACAUAGAUAAUAGACUUUGUAUAGGUCCACUUGGAUUCCACUGUGGCAAAGGCGUCUCACCCAACAGCCAGAUUCAUGACCAUGCAUGCUAUAAUCAAAGGCCUCCAAAUGUCACCCCUUAUGACAGCAAGAACAUGUAUGAAGUUGCUGGGGCACAUGGCGGCCUGUACCUGUGUGGUACCACUGUGCCAAACUGAGGCUUCGGCCUCUACAGAGAUGGUUGUUGAGAGUACACAACCUGGCGCAUGUCCUGAUGGAUGCAGUGGUCAUGGUUCCAGUGGACAUUCUUUGUUGGACUGGAGGCUGGAGGAGUGGACAGUCUGCAAGGGGGUCCCAUUUGUCCAGCGAGCCCAUCAGUGUAACUGGUCAUGGACUUAUCAGACGCUGGCUGGGGGGCCCAUCUGUCAAAUCUCAGGAGUCAAGGUAUGUGGUCCCCUAGGAAGAGUCCCCUGCACAUAAAUGUCAAGGAGCUUAGGGUGGUCAGGGUAGCGUGUCAAGCGUUCCUUCCGCAAUUGUAACACAGGGUGGUCUCGGUGUUAACAGUCCAUGUAUUAUAUCAACAAACAGGGUGGAGCUCGCUCCUCUCCCCUGUGCAAAGAAGCCCAUCUGUGGAACCUGUGCAUUGUCCAGGGAAUUCACCUCAAGGCGGCUUACCUUCCCGGGACCGGAAUGUCUUAGCAGACAGAUUCAGCAGGUCCUUCAGGGCCCACAAAUGCUCCAUCAGACUGGGCAUUCUGUCAGAGGUCUUCCAGAAGUGGGGUUAUCCCCAUCUGGACCUGUUCGCCACCUGGGAAAACAGCAAGUGCCAGAAUUACUGUUCGGACCUAGGUCAGGAGGUGGGAUUCCAAGGGGACACUCUUCAGAUGCAGUGGCCCCAGAAGUUCCUAUAAGCUUUCCCUCCAUUUCCACUGAUCCACAAGGUCCUUCUCAAGAUCAGGAGGUUCAGGGCUUCGAUCAUCAUGGUAGCGCUGGCGUUGCCCUGCCAGCACUGUUUCACCACUCUCCUAUAUCUAUCAGUGGAAGAACUGAUGGCACUUCCAGUAGUUCCAGAUAUGAUCACUCAGGAUCUGGGGAAGGGGGCCACCCGAACCUUUCAUCCCUCCACCUCACGGCUUAGAACCUUCAUGGUUGACUGGGCCUGAGUAGCUUUGUGCUCGGUGGCCAUGAGGAAGGUCCUCUUGGAGAGCAGGAAGCCCUUUACCUGGGCUGCAUAUGCAGCCAAGUGGAGGCACUUCUCCCUGUGGACCACGCAGUCAGGCAUAGACCUGAUGAGGGCCCCAGUCCCUCUCAUUUUAGACUAUCUCGUUUACCUCAGGUGGCAGGGCCUCUUCACUUUGUCCCUGCAGGUUCAGCUGGCAGCCAUUGUGGUGUUUCACUCAGGGGAAGGAGUCAGGACAGUAUUUGCAAACGUAAUAGUGAAGUGCUUCCUUAAGUAGAUAGACAGUAUGUACCCAUGUGCUAGCCAGUCUGUACUUCCAUGGGAUCUUAACUUAGUCCUCACAAGACUUCUGAGUCCCCUGUUUGAGCCCUUGGCCACCUGUUCUUUAAACCACCUAUCGUGGAAGGUGGCUUUCUUAUUAGUGAUUACUUCAGCUAGGAGGGUUAUCGGAGUUGAGAGUCUGCAUGUCAGAGCCCCCAUACACUGUUUUCUUUAGGGACAGGGUACUUCCUAACCCUACAUUCCUCCCAAAGGUGGUUUCCUACUUUCACAGGAUAUCCAAUUGCCAGUUUCUUCCUGAAACCUCAGUCUACGUCUAGAGAGCAAACAUUGUACUCUUUGGACGUCAGAAGGGCCUUAGCAUUCUACAUAUAAAGGACAAGAGAGUUUUGUAGGUCUUCACAACUCUUUAUUUCCAUAGCUGAGAGGAUGAAGGGCUUAUCUUUAUCAGCACAGUGUUUAUCCUCUUGAAUCACUUCCUUCACUAGAACCUGUUAUGAUCUUGCUAACAGGACAGCGCGCUUCCCCUUAUGACCCAUUCCACAAGGGCACAGGCUUCAUCAAUGGCAUUUAUGGUGCAAGUUCCUAUUCUCAAGAUCUGCAAAGUGGCCAUGUGGUCCUCUGUUUGUACGUUUACAAGUCAUUACACUAUUGUGCAGCAGGCCAGGGAUGAUGCAGCCUUUGGGAGGGCUGUGUUGCAGUCCCAUUGCAGAAUAAUUUCUGAUCCCAUCAUCUUGGAUACUGCUAGGGAGUCACUUAACUGGAAUGGACAUGAGCAAACACUUGAAGAGGAAAAAAUGGUUACUUACCUCAU